AUGGCAACACAAAGAGUUCGACGAAAUCGAAUAUUGUUUUCUACAACAAGAGCUAGUCAAAAGUUACUCGAAAUAUUGAUGAGAAUUACGGACGAAAUUAAAAGCUCUGAAAGCGAUGAUAAUUUUGAGGAGGGUCUAUUAAUUGAAAAAAUUCGGCGAAUCCGAGGAAAACAGCAGAAACCUGUGCGUAUAGCAGGUUAUGUUGAAAAUGUAAUUCCCCGUUACACCACAAAACAAUUUCGGCAUCAUUUUCGGAUGCUUCCUGAAAUGUUUGAAAUUUUGGAAAAUCGUCUAGGACAAUUGUUAUUAUCCAAUGAACCAACUCGCGGACGUCCAAUAAUACCUGUGCGUAUACAACUUUUGUCAACAAUCUGGCUUCUUGCUACACCAGAUUCAUUCAGAUCUGUGAGUGAAAAAUUUGACUUAGGGAAAUCUUCUUUAAAUGCUUGUGUGCGCCGUGUUGUGAAAGCAUUGAACAGUAUUGCUAAUGAAAUCAUUAAAUGGCCUAUAGGUUUAGAAUUGGCAUCUUCAAAGGAGAAAUUUAUGCACCUCGGACAAACUCCUCUUCCUGGUAUGAUAGGAGCGAUUGAUGGUUCUUACAUAUUCAUAAAGAAACCAGAUAUUGAGGAAGUUGCUAUUCAUUACAAAUGUAGGAAAUUACAAUAUGCUGUGGUCCUUCAGGCAAUCUGUGAUACAGAUUUAGCCUUCAUAGAUUGUUUUACGGGUUAUCCGGGAUCGAGAAGUUCACAGAAAUCUCCCCGCUUUUUUCCGGAAGAUGAAUUUAUAGUUGGUGAUAAAGCGUAUCCUUGUCUGACAUGGUGUAUUCCUCCAUUUAGAAACAAUGGACGUCUUACACAAAACCAGAAAAUAUUUAAUCGAGUAAUAUCACAAAAACGACAAGUCAUAGAGAGAGCGUUUGCUCUUUUAAAGGGGAGAUUUAGGCGACUAAAAUUCCUAGAUAUGUCCCGUCUAGAUUUAAUACCAUUCUUUAUUAUGGCAGCCUGUGUCCUUCACAACAUUUGUUUGAAAGGCAUCGAUAAUGACAUAGGGGAAUUUAUAGAAGAGGGAUGGGAACCAUAUGAGGGAGAAGAUAAUGACGAUAUAGUUAAUCCAGAAUACAAUGAUAGGAGAGAUGAAUUUGAUGAUGGUGAGAUUAAGCAAAAUUAUUUGUGUCUUCGAGUUGCUGGAAGACAAUAA